CCAACCAAAAGGCUUUAGAAAACAGAGUAUCGAAAGUAGAAGAAUCGGUCGAUAAAAAUAAUGAUAGUAAUCAAGGGGAUGAAGAAUAUAUAAAGAAAAUAAUCAAAGAAGUUGCUAAAAAGUUACUUGAAGCUUCAAUAUAUCCUACCCCCGAUGAACUUCGAGAGUUCACUAAUAAUUAUAUGAAUGAAAACUACGAUGAUUUUAUUAAACGGUUUAAAAGAUAUGAUAAAUGGAUUAUAUUUUAUGAAAAAAACAUUGCUUCUCCCCUUCUAGCUAAACAUCGUAGUGCCCGGGGUUCUUUAGCUUCUAAAGUGAAAGACAUAAUGUAUGUCGUUUUUAAAGAAUUUAACCUUCCCACAAUCCCUGCCAUAAACACGGCAUUAAAGGAAAGCGAAAUAAGAAAAUGGAAAGGGAGCCCAGCUGUGAAAAAUUGUUACGCCCCAAAAGCUUCACUUUUAGGAAUAUCAAGUAUUUUACCAAAAGGAAGCGAAGAAUAUUGUCUUUUUGAUAGUGAAAACACGGAAUCUGAAACUAUAUAUGAUGAUAAUUUUGAAACUGAAAUUGAACAAGUUACUUUUUCUUUGGAUGAAGAAUAUUUAAAAAAAGUUAUUGAUAUAGAGGAUACAAGUGAAACAGAUAGUAUAUUUGACGAUGAUUCAAUUUCAGAAACAGAUUCGGAAGACAAUGAUAUAAUUAUUGAACAAAAAGCAUCUAAAAAUUUAACACGAUGUGUUAUUGUUGAUAAGAUCGAAGGCCAUAUUAAAAAAUGUGAAAAUUCAAAAAGUUUUCGAACAUUAUGGCAGCUUUGUGGUGUAUAUCAAAUAGAUGGGAAAAGCAUUGUUGAAGCAGAUGGUGUAUUAGAACGGCUAGGCGUUUGUAGUUAUCAUUUUAACAAUGAUCAAAAAAAUCUUCAUGAACCGGGCUUUAAACAAUUAAAAGACACAAGCACAGGAUGCGAGAAACAUUCAUGGAAGAUAAUUGAAAGGAAUGUUCAAGUGGUCUGUAAUGGCCAAUUUAAUUGUAGCGCGUUAGAACCAUACAAUUCUUUAUGUGAACGUGCUUUUAAUAAAAUUAAAAAUCCUCGAUAUGUAUGUUGUAAUUGUUAUGAACAUGAAGGAGGACAUUUUCACACUAGACCAAGAAGAGCCAAUUGGCUUCUACAUGUCGCAAAUAAUGAAAAUUUUGAAUAUCAGGAAAAUGUUCUUACGGCAAUUUUGCCACAAAUUAGUCCAUUUUUUAAUGCAAAAAAUAAAUCUACAAUGGUAUCACAACCAGACAUAUCUAAUACACUCGAUAAAUCUCUAUAUUCUAAUCACAGUGCUCCAACUUUAAUUAAUUUUACAUUUCCAUACCUAAAUUUGUGGCUACCGAAUGUAUUAGCUUCAUUAUGCCGACGACCAAAAUUAUUAUCUUCAUUGCAUGACCUUUUAACCAAAUGUUCUAUUAUUGGACAUACGAAUAGACAUGAACGAAGAUUGGAAAAAAUACGGAUGAAAAGUGCUGACCCUUUUAAACGCCUAUUGACCGAAAAAAAUGUCUUUAAUUUAGCUGUGAUUGAUAAUAUCGAUUUUAAAGAAAGAAGCUUUCAAUUUGGAAAUAUCUAUGAUGUAACUCGAGGUACAUCACAUGCUACGCUAAGAAUGGUGUUUCAGUUUUCAUUACCGGAAGUUAUUGUUGAAAAACCAGAACCAAUACGUGAUCUAAAUAUUGAUACACAAAUCUUUAAAAUAUCACAAGAAAUGCGCGAUAUUAUUUUCAAAAUAAAUGAAAUUUUUAUAAGUUUGCUGGCAUUCCGGUACAAUGAAAGACAAGAACUAGAAUACAAUAAGAUUGAUCUUACAGCAAUAAAUUCAGAAAUAUUAAGGCAAACAGAAUUCGGCUGUAAUCUUCCACCUCCAAACGUAGUCAUACUAGAACCAAGUGGAUCCCCAAAUGAUGAUAAUGAAAUCUUACGUGCUAUGGAAAUGUAUAGAAGAGAUUUUUCUUUGGAGGAGAAUGAUUUUCUAGAUAUUUGUGCAGAUGAGGCGAUAUUUAGACGAUUAAUUAAAAUGCCGCAAUAA